AUGAGCAUCCACUUCCAUGUCUGUGCUCACCACCAGAAGGGGAAGCCACCAGUGCCGCUGGUCAUCAGGAGGCUCAAAGAACAUAUGUUAAAUACUACCCCUAAUUCAAAAGCAGGGAACCUGGAGCAGAGAAAGUCACAUUAUGACUCAAUUGCACAGCUGGGAGGGGGAAAGGACACUUCGGAAAUUCAGUUUGAUGCCAGAAAUAUUCUUCAGUGUCCUAGAACUCGCCUCAUCUCAUGGCCUGCUGGCAUUCCAGCUUUUGGAGCCUUUAACCUUAAUUCAUCCAAAUUUUCGGGUUUAGGAAAGAAAGAGGGAAAAAGGAUCGGGGGUGGGGGGGAAGAAGUCCAGUAUUUCGAAGCACCUACCGGCCUGAGGAUGGGCACAUUCCUCGCUCCCGUUGCCUUAUCGCUAGGCUCGCGCCGCCCCGGCGGGCUCUUUGGGGACGGAGAACCUCUAGUGCCGCCCGGGGCUCUCCGGUGUCCCUGGCCCCCGCGCCCGCGGCCGCCUCGACUUACCCGCGGAGUCCGGGGAGGGAGUAGGAGCGCCGCCUUCACGCCCGCGGAGGAGGCGCCGGCAGCACCAUGGUCCCCGGCGCCGCUGCCGCUGCCCCCGGCCCGCUCGCUCGCUCGCCGCGCGCUCUCUUCCUCUUGCAAACUUUCGGGUUCUGCGGUCGACAAGAAACCGGGGCGACCCUCAGCAAAUCUUCCCCGUGCAGGCUGGGGGGAACUGAAGGGGACGGGACGGUGGCGGAAACAAGACAGGAGGCGGCUUGGGAAAAAGUGGAGCAGAAAUGGAAAAAUACAAACUCACCCGCUGCAAAUGGUCUCUCGGUGCAAACUAAGGUGUUUUCGGGCCUUUCCCCGCGCGCGCCCACUCCCGCCCGCGCGCGCACCCCGCGCACACACUCACUCGCGCACACACGCGCGCACACACGCACUCCCGGGCGAGGGCCGGGCCGCCGCGAGUACAGCGUGCAACCGCCACACAAUAAAUAACAAUAGAUUCCUCCGCUCCGGACUAGCUUCCCGGAGCCCAGCCAGCGCCGGUGGCGGCGGCGGCGGCGGCGGCAGAGGCGCGGGCAGCAGCGGCCCGGGGGCGCCCCCCGGCCCGAUCCUCGGCCUCCCGCAGGGGUCCCGUCUCCGCCUCACGCAACCCGCCGGGCACCCCAGCGGACCCCCGAGCGCCAGCGCCUCCCUCUUUGCCGUUCUCUGGGGCGCUGGCACCCACCCCCCUCCCCCCCGACAUCCCGGAACAAAUAAAUAAAUAAGGCGCGCGAGAGAGGCCAACACGUCGCGGAGGGAGAUGUUGUUAUUUUUUGCUGUUGUGCGUCCCUGACGUCACAUCCACCUGCUGGGUAAACAACCGGGCUCCCAGAAAAAAAAAAAAAAAAAAAAAA